GCAUUCCGGCCUCACUAUAUAGAUUGUUGAACUGGUCGCUGCUUGCUGGUGAACUUCCUGUCGGAUAUCUCUACUAUUGGUUCUAGUUUCAAGCAGCGACCAACCCACUGACCUCAAUAAUCCACCGGACAGGAUACUUAAGGGGCGCGCCCGUUUGAUUUUCGCCAUUUUGGCACUGACCGUAGCGGUUGACAGCACCGUGAGAAAUUAAACCAGGAGAAUACUUUCAGGAUUAUAAGUAACAGAUGACGUAACUAUUGUAGACGGACCGAGAAGCAACACUCGAAUCUAAAAAUAGCUGCGAAGGCGGAGCGGAUCCUGCCCGCGCGCUCCUCUCGCUCUCGCCCCUAUCAGUCCAAUUCCAAACGCGCUAGCGGUGCAGUUGAAGUGAUUGCUAGUGAAUCUCUACCUCUGCCGGCCGCUGAGCUGUACGUACACAGUCGUGAGCCUGCGAGUAUUCACCGAAAACAAAAAGCGUCACCUAUAUAACACCCGUUGAGUGUACAGGCAGCAGACUGCAGGCGUGUGUAUUCGUAACGCUAAUCUAUUACAUUUUUUUGAGCUGAUCGACGGAGAAGAUGCGCGUGCGCGGCUCGUGGCGGCGCUGGGGGGCGGGCGCCCUACUGCUGGCGGCCGCAGUCGCACUCUUGCCACGCGUCUCGCAACACUGGCGCAACUCCGCGGACUUCCCGCUCGUCUCGUCGCACGACCUCGCCCACUACCUUGCAGACUUCACCAACCAUCCCAAGCUAGACCCUGAAAUCGAAGCGUGGUCGGUGGAGGAGGAGGAGGGCAACUACACGUGGUGGCGCUAUACGGUGCGCUACGAGUGCGGCGCGCGGUGCUUGGGGCGCGUGCGAGUCAUGCACGCGGCGGGCGCGACCAGCGCGGCGGGUGCGCGCCACGGCGCCGCCGCCGACCAUCACCUGCGCGUGAUGGACUCGCGCUGCACGCGUGUGCCGCUGCUGCCAUGGCCCUGGUUUUGUGAGGAAAUCGAGGUCGAGAUGAGUAUAGAGCAGGAAGGGAGCGGGGCGAGGUUGCGGGAGAGCGCGCGCAGCGCUUGCAGCUUGCCCCUUGCACUGGUCGGUCGCUGCAGGAUGCGCGAGCGCAGGGCGGCCGCUCUCGCCGCCUUGCGACGCGCACUAUAGUCCACUGCGCGGCAAACAAUAACAUUGUGUGUGAUGAAAAAAUAAAAUUAUUAGAAAACAGGAA